AAGCUUAUUCUACAAUUAUAUUUUGAUAUUAUUGCAUGUUUUCUAUUACCUUUGAAAUAUGUACAAAGUUUUAAACAGAUUCUGAUAGGAAUUAAGCUGUCACGAAUGCUGCAGUUCCCCAUAUACACCUCAGAGCGCCGCUAUUCACCAAUAAGGAAAUAUUCUGCAAAUCCAGAAUCACCUCCAUGAUGCAGGCAGUGUUCAACUGAAAGAAGAAACACACAGCAUUUUAGAUUAGGAUGUGCCAUGUAUAGGAGUCAUAAAGGAGAAGCAUUAUUUUUCUGCUAAUUCUGCUGGAUUAUAACUGCAAGAAGAAAUUUCACUGUUAUAUUUCUGCUACAAAGAAAGAUGGCUGGAUUACAACUACAGAAAGGACAAUCAAUGAAAGUGCUUAGAUGGCAAGUAAUAUUUCCAUUUUUAUUUUACUGUCUAUGUCAAUCAGUCUCUGGUCAGAUUCAUUAUUCCAUUAAUGAAGAAUUAAGAAAAGGUUCAAUUGUUGGAAAUUUAGCAAAGGAUCUUCAAUUAGAUGUGAAGGAUCUUUCUGGAAGGAAAUUACGCAUUGAGUCGGAUGUGUUAGAGAAAUAUUUCACCAUAAAUCUGGAUAAUGGAAACCUAUACAUUGCUGAUAGGAUAGACAGGGAGACAUUGUGUGGAGCUGUAGCUGAAUGUGUUCUUACAUUUGAUGCUGUGGUAGAAAACCCACUAAAUGUCUUCACUGUUAAGAUUGAUAUUCAGGAUAUAAAUGACAAUCCUCCUAAAUUUCUUCAUAACAUAUUGACAUUAGAAAUGAGUGAAUCGACCUCUCCAGGAAGAAGCUUUGUUUUACAAAAAGCUGAAGAUCUGGAUAUAGGUAUUAAUUCUCUGAGAAGCUACAAACUCAGUGCUAACCAGUAUUUCGCUCUUGGAGAGAAGAUCAGCUCUGAUGGCAGUGUAUUUCCAGAGCUUAUACUAGAAAAACCUCUAGACCGUGAGACACAAGACAAGCAUGAUCUCAUGCUAACAGCUUAUGAUGGUGGAUAUCCUGUACAGACAGGCACUGCCUUAAUUAAUAUAAUUAUCAAUGAUAUCAAUGAUAAUUCUCCAGUAUUUACACAAGAUGUAUAUAAAAUGAGUGUUAGGGAAAAUAUACCGGUGAACUCAACAAUUCUGCAGGUCAUUGCAAGUGAUGAUGAUGAAGGAGUCAAUGCAAAAAUAACUUACUCUAUUAGUACCACAGUAGAUAAUAUUCUUUUGGCUUUCCAAAUUGAUUCCCAAAGUGGAGAUAUUAGAACAAAGGGAAACUUAGAUUAUGAAGUAAGAAAAUAUUAUGAAAUUUCUGUGCAAGCACAAGAUGGAGGAGGCCUAGCUGCUCAUGCUAAAGUUUUAAUAGAAAUAACAGAUGAAAAUGACAAUGCUCCUGAGAUUUCCAUAGCCUCAUCAUCAAAUCAUAUUCCUGAGAAUUCUGACCCUGGAACUAUGGUGGCUCUGAUUAAAGUUCAUGACCGUGACUCAGGAGAAAAUGGUGAAGUUCAAUGCCUAAUAAAAGGUGAUUUACCAUUUGAGUUACUAUCAUCAACCGGAAAGUUUUAUAAAAUUGUUACAAAGAGUACUCUAGACAGGGAAAAAACAUCAUCCUACAACAUCACAAUACAAGCCUCAGACAAAGGUUCUCCUGAAAUAACUUCUGAAAAAGUAAUCCAACUGAGUAUAUCAGAUGUUAAUGACAAUGCACCAGUGUUUGAUAAACGGAUUUACUCUGUGUUUGUGACAGAAAAUAAUUUACUAGGAUCGUCAAUAUUUAGCAUUCAAGCAAAAGAUAUGGACAGUGAAGACAAUUCUAAGAUAACAUAUUCUAUAAUGACCAGACGUAAUGAAGAAGAUCUCCUAUCUUCGUAUAUCUCCAUGAAUCCAGUAACUGGGGUCAUUUAUGCUCAACAAUCAUUUGAUUAUGAGAAGCAUACAGAAUUUAAUAUCCAAAUAAUUGCCAGAGACAAUGGAUCUCCAUCUCUGAAUAGCAGUACAACUUUAACAAUAUAUAUAAUUGACCAGAAUGAUAAUUCACCAAUUAUUUUGUACCCGUCACCAGAGGUUGAUAGAUCAGUGUUUGAGAUGGUUCCAUGGACCACUGAACAGGGAUCUUUAGUAUCUAAAGUUGUUGCAGUGGACGCUGACUCUGGACAUAACGCAUGGUUGUCUUACUUUUUACCAUCUUCAGAACCAUCACUUUUUACCAUUGACCAGCAAACAGGGGAGAUCAGAACAUCACGUGUGUUUCAAGAAAGAGAUAUAAUGAAACAUCGAAUUUCGAUUCUAGUAAAAGACAAUGGGAUUCCAUCCCGCUCAGCCUCAGUCACUAUAAACAUGGUGAUUGCUGAUGGUUUUCAUCAGGUCCUUCCUGAGCUGAGCAGUCAGUCAAACAAAGAAGAAUCUCAGUCCAAUCUACAAUUCUAUUUGGUAAUAGCCUUGGCUUUGAUUUCUUUUCUCUUCAUGAUGACUGUAAUUAUUGCAAUUGUCUCCAAGUAUAAAGAAUCAAAGUCUUCUACCACAUUUGGAUCUAUGAGUACAAAUCUAUAUCCACCCAUUGAUCCCAGAUUAAUUUCCCAGUUUAACAAUGGAACAUUACCUCUGCCAUAUUCCUAUGAUGUUUGUGUGACUUUGGAUCCAAGUGAACAGGAAUUUGCUUUUCUUAAACCUCAACACAAUGUUCCUGUGGAUAGUCUUAUAGAUGCUGAUGAUUCUGGCAUUGGAAAUGAAAAGGUCGGAGAUUAUUUAUCUGAGGACAAUCAUAAGAUUCAGCAGGGGCAACCUAACACGGACUGGCGCUUCACCCAGGCACAGAGACCCGGACCCAGUGGAACACAACAACCCACAGAAGAAGCUGGAGUGUGGCCAAACAACCAGUUUGAAACAGAAAGACUACAAGCAAUGAUCCUGGCAUCAGCAAAUGAAGCUGCUGAAGGAACUUCUGCUCUCGGAGGAGGAGCAAAUACAAUGGGUCUUAGUGCACGCUAUGGACCACAGUUCACACUGCAACAUGUCCCAGACUACAGACAAAAUAUCUACAUUCCAGGAACAACAUCAACCCUCACUAAUGCUGCUGGGAAACGGGAUGGCAAAGCAGGAGCACCGUCAGGAAACAAGAAGAAAUCUGGUAAAAAGGAGAAGAAAUGAAAAUAUAAAUCCCAUAAAAGCAUCCUCAGAAAAAAUAUCAGAGUGAUGUUCGAUGUCUUAUCUACAAAGGAAGAGAGUGUUAGAGUGUUGGUUGUAUCAGUCGUCACCAGAGCUAGUAGCAGGGUGCUCUCUGCUAUUAGAGCUUAUGAUGAGAAUAAUAGUAUGGACACUGGAUAUCUGAGCCCUAUCAAAAUGCGCCAAAAUUUUCUAUUGGCCAGGUUAUUCUAUUUUGCAAAGUCAUUUCUUAACCAAUGAUAUUCGCUUUUUACAUAAAAAUAGAGUUCAGCCUUGCUGAUAGAAUUCUGCAUCCUUAUGGAAAUUCUUCCGAUGUAUAUAUGUAUUGCUAAAUAGUUAUUUAUAAUUUUUCAGCAUCAGAGAAGUAUGCUUUAAUCUUUGUUAACCCACAUGGCAUUUUUUUGAAGAUGAACAAUUAAAAAAUAUACAAGAUGAUAUUUAGUUUUAGAAUUUAGGUUCAAUUUUCUUUUAGUAGAGAGAUUUCCUGUCUCUGAGUUUUCUUGUAAAGAAUGUUAUGACACCUGAAAUAAUGGAAAUAU